UCUUUUUCAGUAUAUUUUUCCUUUUUCCACACCGGACUCCAAACCAUUUUCUUAAACAAAAUAUAUAAUUUCCAUCCUUUCUAAUUUCCGUAUUUAUUUAAUAAUACCCUACUACUAUUAUUUAAUACUUAAUUAACUUUUCCAUCAUUAUUAUUUUCCUUUAAUUACAAUUCGGACAUACUGAGGAAACUUAGGAACCCAAAAUUAGUUUUUUAACUUCUCAAAACUCCAUUUUCACAUUUUCUCAACAAUCUCAUUACUUCACAAAGCCAAAAAAUUCAAUCUUUACCCCAUAAUUUCCUUCUUUAUUUCUGCAAAAAUACUUAAAAUUUUGCACAAAAAAUUCUGAUCCUUCCCAUCUUAAUUCUCUGCUUUGCUAAUUUGCUGUGUUAUUUUCUUCUAAAAUUCGAAGAAAGGAAAAAAAAAAAAUGAACAGUACUCUUAGCUUUUUGCCAGCUUAAUCUUACUCUGUGUUCUGCUAAGCUCUGGAAAAUUAUGGGGUUUUGAAGAAAAGGAGAAAGGAAAAUUUUCUUGAAUUUAUUUUGUUGGCUAUGGAGGGAAGUAAUAGUGGAGUUACAGUAGUGGGAUCAGAUGCUCCAUCAGAUUACCACGUGGCACCAAGAACCACCACUGAGAAUAAUCCGACAACAACACAACCAGUAACAACAACAACAACAACAACAUCCCAUGUUGUUGUCUCUCCAACUGCCGGCUUAACAGUUACAACAGCUUUGACAGUUAAGAAAAAGAGAGGAAGACCAAGAAAGUAUGCAGCAGAUGGUUCUGUUAAUGUUCUUUCUCCAAAGCCAAUUUCAUCAUCUGCACCUUCACCUGUGAUUGAUUUUUCUUCGUCUGAGAAACGUGGGAAAAUCAGGCCAGUUGGUUUAGUUAGUAAACCUCAAUCUCAUCAUCAGCCUAAAGUUGAUUUAGAUACUCCAGGUGAAUGGGUUUCAUGCUCUGUUGGUGCAAAUUUUACCCCUCAUAUUAUUACUGUAAAUACUGGAGAGGAUGUCACCAUGAAGGUUAUAUCAUUCUCUCAACAAGGGCCUCGAGCAAUAUGCAUUCUUUCAGCAAAUGGGGUAAUUUCAAGCGUUACACUUCGUCAACCAGACUCCUCUGGUGGCACAUUGACAUAUGAGGGCCGGUUUGAGAUACUAUCUUUGACCGGAUCUUUUAUGCCAUCAGAGACUGGAGGAAUGAGAAACAGAUCUGGCGGAAUGAGUGUUUCUCUAGCAAGCCCCGAUGGACGUGUUGUUGGGGGUGGAGUUGCCGGUCUAUUAGUAGCUGCUGGUCCCGUGCAGAUUGUUAUAGGCAGCUUCCUUGCUGGAGACCAGCAUGAGCACAUAACCAAGAAAAACAAAUUGGAGUCCGUUAUUGCUGCUGUUCCUCUACCCGAGACGGAAGACCCUUAUCACUCUUCCGUAAAACAAACUAUGCCAGCUUCCUCCUCUUUCCGCGUAGAUAAUUGGUCAGCCCCUGAUUCUAGGAAUAAGUCAGCUGAAAUAAAUGUUACUCUACCAGCAUAGGGUGAAAUUUUAAUGUGUAAACCACAAGGACUAUGCGUCUUUAACGACGUUCCUAUUGUCCUUAUCACCUCUAUUUGCUGUUUGUGUAAAACUUUUUCCAGUGAGGUAUGUGCAGUAAUCCAAACUGGUUUUCUAGUUU